AUGGACCACAUCAGACGCCUAGUAGUACUAGGUCUAUGUCUUAUCAUGUUUUGUUGCUUUUCAGAUCAAACGACAGCAUCGCAAAAUCAACACUCUCAAACAGUGGCAAAACUUGAACAAUUGCUGUGCAACCUGCAUGCCGAAUUCAAGCAGUAUCGCGAAGACAAGGCCAAUUCGGAUGAAGUCUAUACUGUAACAAUUGAAAGGCUUCGCAAGGAAUCCACGGAAAUGAGGAUACUUAAUCAGAAAUUGGCAUCUCAGCUUGAUUUUACUUACGAGAAAUUCCGUACACAAGAGACUAACGUGGAGAAUUAUAAAAGAGAGAUUUCAGUUCUGCGUGAAAUGAACGCUCGUUACACUACAUCAGCUGCAGCCAGUGAUGAGGCACUUAGUUCUACGCGACAGGAAUCAGCUCGUCUUUCUGAUCGUCUUGCAGAAUCUGAAGUACAGUGUCGUCAACUGAUUCGUCAAGUUGAACAAUUGAAAGCUAAUGGAGAUCGGCUUUCUCAGGAGCUUGAAAUGGAACGUAAGACCUCUCUCAUGCAUCAGAAGUUGAUGAGUCAACUACAGUCAAUUCAGGUCAGUUUGGAGCACCGAAAUGAGACCGAGUUGAGACAAGCUGUUCGUCGAAUUGAAAGCCUUGAGGCUCAAUUAGAUGAAGUGAAAAAAGAUGCUAGUGAGAAGCAGGAUAAACUCCUUUCCCUCAACGCAAGUCUUCAAGCGGAACUCACUAAUGCUCAUCAGUCACUUCGUAGUGCUGAGGAGGAAAUUUCUCAACUUCGAGAAACGACCAAACCAACAGUAACGUCACAGUUAUGUUCUGACGUACCUGCUCCCCAUUCUUCGGCUCUGCCUACUACAGGUGGGCAGGAUCAAAUUAUGCCCUUGGAUGAAAGUGAUCAGCAACUAUUAGUUCGAUUUCGAGCCUUGGAGCGUGAAUGUGUCUCCCUUCGCACUUCUCUGGAGGCGGCUCGGAAACAAUGCAGUGAAUACCAAAGUCUCGGUAAUGAAAUGGAGUUCCACAUUCGCCAACUCACGGAAGAGAGAGAGCGAGCGAAUCGCACUCACGCUGCUGACUUUGAAGAUGCCAUCCAACGUUGCGAGUCACUGAUUUUGCAAUUGGAGUUGGAGAGGAGCGAGCGAGAAGAUUUAAUAAAAGAGAAGGUGCGCCUUGAAGGUGAGUUUGCCGCAUCUUUGAAGGCACUACAAGAGACGUUGGCAUCCACCCAGGCCUCACUAGAAAGUGCCGAGGAAAGACGUGAGGCGGCUCUUUCUGUGGAAGCCUCUGCUCGCGCUGAAGUGGCUGCUCACCUGCGUACGGCCAAAGAGGCCCGGGAGAAGUAUGAAAUGGAACUGAGACUUCACUCACAAGAUGUUGAAUUACUUACGGAGGCGCGCAGGUUGGCGGAUGAAGCACGAGGUGAAGUUGAAGGUUUGCGAAUUGCUCUAGAUGCUGCCAAUGCUUCUUUAAAAAAAGUACAAGAUCAAUUUACUGAACAAUCGAAUUCUUUCGAGGAUUCCCGGUCACGACUUGUUAAGCGAGUCGAAGACGCCGAUGCAGAGAUCGCCCGUCUGCAGGAGCAAAUUCUGAAGCUGACUGAGCAAAUAGUGAAUCUGAGAAAAUUGCUGGAACACAGUAGCGAGCAAUCCAUACAUCUUGAUGAGUCGACAACACAAAUUAAGGAGUCAGAGGACUUUAUGCAUCUACUAGAGUAUCUCCGUCGACAAAAAUCGAUAGCCGAAGCUGCGGAAGAAUCGGCCAAUGCGGAAGUUAGCCGCCUUCAUUUGCGAACCAAAACUCUUGAAUCUCAACUGGCAGAUGUUCAAGCUAAGCUCGCCGAAGAACGCCAGAAGAGUGAAACUCGUCUGGUGACCUCCAGUCAACACGCUGCCCUCAUGCAGCAGGUUGAACAAAUUAAUAUCCUCAACGAGUCAAAUCGCCUUCUCAGGCAAGAGCGUGAAAUGAUUCGUAAAAAUGCCAAUGAAUUCCAGGAAGAGUUGGCAGCCUUACGAGAUGAAAUGGCUCCACUUCGUGCAAAGUGUGCUGAUCUAGAAGAUAUGAAGGUGAUUCUGACGUCGGAAAAAGCAUCAUUGGUUGAGGAGAAAAAUCGCUGGAAGGAGAGGUGCGAGCGCUUAGUGGAGACCUCCAAACGAUUGGAUCCUGAGGAAUUCAAGCAAGCCUGUGAGGCUAGGGAUGACCUGCAGGCUCGUGUUAAUGCCCUAGAGGAAUCUAAGGCACUUGCAGACCGUGAGGCUGCUGGUAAAAUUGCUUGUUUAGAACAGCAGGUCACUGAACUGUCUUCAAACCUCAGUCAUCAUGAAACUAAGAGUCAAGAUCUUGUAAACAGGCUUGCUAUUCUAGAGGAAAAGUGUACACAACAGGAGAAUGAACUUUCUCAAAGGCAGGUCAAGAUUACAAAAUUGCGUGAAAUAGGUCGCAAAUAUCGUCAGGAGGCAGAUGAGCUGAAACGUCGAACCACUCAGCUGAAUGAAGAGAGCAGAAAGACAUCUGAGGAGGGUGUGGUGGCGAUUCGUGCUGAUCUUCUUGCAGCUCAAACAAGUCUUAGUAUUGAACAAGAUCGCUCCAAUCAGUUGAGACAAGAAAUCGAGCAGUUGCAACUGCUCAUUCAACAGGUGGAGUCUCUUCCCGAAACAGAAUUUGUAAAGCAAGCUCUUGUUUCCGAUUCUCAACUCAUCAGCACAAAUGCUUCAUCUUCCUCCGAGAUUUUCAAUCGCUUUAAUAGGCUCCUCUCUGCUUUGAUCUCAAGAAUUAGCCAAAUGCGUGAGAAAACUGAGGAGCAGGAUGAGCGUCUCUUGCGAAUGAAUUUGAUUGAGUCCCAACUCACGAAAUCGAAACAAUAUUGUAGUGAGUUGCGAACGAAGUUGGCUUCUUUUAUCGGUAAAGAGAAUUCGAUUGUCCUUCCCCCAACUGAAUCGCCGUUACAACAGCAGUCAGAAUCAUCCGAAACCUCUUCAAAGAUAAAGGCCGCGGCUGCUGUCCAGCCGGUCCAAACUCCGCCUACGGCGUCAGAAACUUCUCCUCUGAGUCUUUUGGCUGCCAGGCAGACCGCAGAGAUACGUCCUCUUUCCAGCUUUGUUGCCACGGUUCUUCCCACUACGACCACCUUUAUAGAGUCCCUUCCAUCUUCUUCCUACCUGUCACCACUUACAACAACCUCGGAGGCGGAUCCUAGUACUUCAAUAUUUUUGGCUAGUCGUCCGUCUGUGAUUACCACAGCCAAACGCACUUAUGAAGAAGCAUUAAUGGGUGAAGAGGGUACAGCUUUGAAUGCCUCUCAACUGGAGCAAAAGGCAUUAGAAUCCAAGCGUCUUCGGCCUGCCUUGCCUCCUUCAGUUCAGGAACAGGAACAGCAGCCGUCAACUACACUUUUCUCUCCUCUACCCGCGGGUACCAUUCCAUCAUCUAGUGUUUCCAACGUGAAAUCCGAUGCACUAGCGCCAGUAGCCACGGUACAUGAAAAUGAAGUCCCUUCUUUUCGAGACAUCGCGGUGGAAGAGGGCGAAGAAGAUCAUAGGGAGAGUGAUAAUGUGGAAAUGGACGAGCAGUCUGUUUUGAUUUUCGAUGAAGAAGAGGGGGGUGAUGCAAUGCAUGAGUAUGCUCAGGAAAAGGACCAAGAGGUAGAGAGGAGUGAUGAUGCCUGUCUCGUCAUUGACUCUUCCCAACAGGAGGAAGAGGAGGAUCCUGCGGAGGUGGGAGAGGAAAAGUCAAGUGAUUACGAGGAAUACAUCGUGGAAGAAGGUGAGCAGAAUGAUGAGUAUAACGAGGGGAAAGGGGAAGAUCAGGACGAUGAACAAAAAGAGGUCGUGGAUGUUGAGGAAGAAGACGAAGGGGAUUACCAGAUGCAGGACUCAUCUGAGGGUGAGGAACAGGAAGAUGAUGAAUAUAAAGGAGAGGGUGGAGCCUGCGAUCCCGUCAUUGUUGUUAGUAGCAGUGAGGAGGAAAACAAUGGAAGUGACGAAGAUGAGGUAGACGAGGGUGAAGAAGGGGGACAGGAGGAAGACAGUGAAGCUGUGGAGGAAGAAGAAGAAGAGGAGGAGGAGGAAGAAGAAGAUGAAGGAGGACAUGAACAACAUGGAAAAAAGAUGGCAGAAUUGGCAGAAGAGUCUCCACAUGACAACCAGAAGAGUGUAGACGAGAAAUCCCAAUCACCACCGCGUCCAUUCUCUUCCAUUUUCACUUCUCCAGCUCCUAAUUCUGGAGGACUGUUCAGCUCAGCUUUGACGGAGUCGUCUGCUACACCUAGUGGAGGUCUCUUCUCGAUUUUUAAAGCUACCCCAACCACCAAGACUGUUUCUCUCUUUGGUUCCUCUGUGACUUCAUCAACUGCACCGUCCUUCGGCAGUUUAGCUGCCGAUCCUCCGUCCACGACACCCACGUUCCUCUCUGCCUCAAAACCAAGCAAGGAAAAUACCGGAAGUGCAGAAGCGAGUAAGCAGAAGAUUCGUCCAAUAGUCUGGACGGAAUCAUCAUCAACGGAAGCUGCUGCUGGUCCUUCUCGGAAGCAUAGUGCUCCAGGUUCUAGUGGUGGUCCCUCAUCAACAAUACCAGGAGGAGGGCUUCCCCGUGGAUCAUUCACUCAAGCUUCUGGCCUUCUGGGUGCAUCGCGUCGGAAAGGAAAUUGGGGAGCGGGUCCCUUCGGCUCCGGAGCCCCUCGAGGAGCGCCAAGGGGCGGGCAUCGUUGA